UAACACGUGAUGGGGUGGUGAGGGAGAGCGAGGAGCAGAAUCCUCACCAGGAAGAUGCUGAGCUCACCGAAGCGCAUGGGGAAUUACUGCGAAGAUCCAAAGGGAGCGUGACCAGCCCCCAUGAUCAGGGAAAAGCUGAUGAAAGUUACCAUAGACGAGAGAGAGCAGGGAAACCACUCAGAGGAAAGAGUGGAUGAACCCAUUAAUUGUCAGGGAACUCACAGGGACCUCAAGGAAACUACGUCCCAGGAGAAAAUCUUCAUGGAGAAGCGAGAGAAUACAUGUAGUGAGUGUGGGAAAAACUUCAAUUACCAUUCAGCCCUUAUUCGACAUGAGAUAAUCCACACAAAAGAGAGACCCUACAAAUGCUGUGAGUGUGGGAAAAGCUUCAAUCGUACCUCUGCCCUUAGUAGGCAUCAGCAAAUACACAGAGGAGAGAGACCCUAUGAAUGCUGUGAGUGCGGGAAAAGUUUCACUCAGAGAUAUACCCUUAUCUCUCAUCAGAGAAUCCACACGGGAGAGCAACCCUACAAAUGCUACAAGUGUGGGCUAAGCUUCACUCAGAGAUCAUCCCUUAUCUCUCAUCAGACAAUGCAUACGGGAGAGCGACCCUACGAAUGCUGCGAGUGUGGGAAAAGCUUCUCUCGGAGCUCAAACCUUACUAUACAUCAGCGGAUCCACACAGGAGAGACACCAUAUGAAUGCAGUGAGUGCGGGAAACGUUUCACUCACCUCUCCUCUCCUAUCUCUCACCAGAGAGUCCACACAGGAGAGAGACCCUAUGAAUGCAGUUUGUUUUUUCCCCUAUCCCUGCAUGAUGACAUGGAGAAAAUUCAAAUACAGUUCAGUCAACAGGAGAGAAUACUCAUAGCUGGUGGACAUAUUAUCAGAGAAACAGUCUGUUUUUAAAUCUCCACUCUGAAAAGGUGAACAGCAGCAGACCCCAAAUGGUGCAACUGACGCAAGAAGCUGCUGGACCCCCAGGCUGCACCAUCCAGCCACCCUGAGGCCUCUGCAGACACUUAGUUGACGGCCAGAGAUGUGAUGAUGGAUUCCAGGACAUUACCAACUCUGAACAUAAGUGUGGGGAGUGACUGAGGGAACGGGACUGUUGCUGUGAGAGAUCAAGCCUGGACACAGGAGUAUUGUAUUGAGGAUUGAGUGGAAUGAAAUGUUACUCUCCUUCCUGUAUGAGUGAAGGGCAGCAGAA